ACGGAGCUAUAAAAGAUCGUUGCAUUUGAUGUAGAAAUCAUUCAGAAUUUGUUCGUCAAACGUGCCACCACGCACCGUCAACCAAACAAAUAAGAAUAUUUUUACUUUCGAGAAUUAGAGAAAAAAAAUCUGUCAUAGAACUUUUACGAAAAUGUGUCAACAACAGCAACUAGCAGCGGCGGCCAACAAUGCCAACAACAUUAUUCAUCAGCAAGCGCAGCAGCAAAAAAGUUCAAAGCUGAAACCGAGCUAUAGCAUUAAGAGCGUCUUGCAGACACUCUUUCGCAACAAACAACACCAACACCAGCAACAGCAACAGCAACAAAAAUUUAAACAGCAACGCCGGCAACAACAACGUUUGCAACAACAAUGUCAACGUUUAUGCAACUCAUUGGAAUCAUUGGAAUCGCUGGAGAAUCUGCGCAAUGCACAAAUGGAAGAGCAACACCUCUAUGAAGAGAUCCAAGACAAUUCGGCCAAUGAGAAAUUAGCCGUGCUGGUGCAAGAGGCUGCGUCGUCUCAGCGGGAGGAGGACGAGACGGAGGAGCACGAUAUCUAUGUGCCAGUACGCUUUGCACGCACCACAGCCGGCACCUUCUUCUGGACCACCAAUCUGCAGCCGGUGUUGAGCAGUUUUGCACCCGUUGCCGCCGAUGAGGAUCUACUGCAGCCCAGCUAUUGCUACAGCAAUGCACAAUAUCCGCAUAUGCAGUAUCCCGCCUACCAGCCGGAUCGUUGGGCACAAGCUUGAAGUGUCGCAUUUGCCGGAGCUUGGCGGCAACAAAGCUGAAGUGCUAGACGACGCGACGACGAUGAACUCAAGAGGCGUGCAUUAAUUGUGACUGAAGCUUUAGAUAAAUUUGUGAUAGUCGUUUUGUAGCGGCUGCAGUACUGCCGUAAUUAACUGGUACAUAGUAUUAGUGCUAUCUAUUUAGUACACGUGGUAGGUAGUUGAAUCAAUGUGCUUCCAAUUUACUUAGUUUUUAAGUUAAUUUUUCGUAAACAAACUUCAAGUGCUUCUCAUCCAUAGCGAAGUAUUAAUACGAGUACCACAUAGGAUUUUGCUUUAAUUUUUUCAACUCAAUUUUUAUAAUUUCUUAGUUACUAAGUGAUUUUGUGAUAACGA